CUCAAGAGUGUCAAUCAGUGCGGUGUCAAUCAGACCGGCGGCUUUCCUUUCAUCUCUCCCCCCACAGUCAUAGCAAGAUAUAGGGGAGGGGGGAGGAGAGUUACAUUACUAACACACACACACAUACACAGACGCGACAUUACUUACGGAGCCAGGCUCCAGUUUGGAACUCUGUCUACAACGCGCAGAUACCGCCUCGUUAAGAUUUAUUUUUUAAUUUGUUGGACUUUCUUUUCCGUUUUAAAAGAGAGUGGUGUUCAAUACUUUGCCUGUUUAUCAAGGAUGUGCUAUACAUGCAGCUGCAGAAAUAUAGACACGCCGCGUCUGAUGUAAAACGGACAAGCAGCGACUUUAAGCAUUACUUAGGAUAGUUUUUUACUUGGGUUCACAACAAUCUGGGCACAUUCGUACGUUACUCACAUUUUUCUGAGAUUUCACCAAGAUUUUUGCGUCUGGAGUUCCGGAGACGGAGAUAUUUUUAGCACCACUUGUUUUUAUGGUUUAUUUAUUUUCAGGUGCGGGGCUAGCCUACGGAAAAUUUGGCGUGUCCCGACGUAACUGCACUUGAGGAGUUGUUAAAAGAUGUUUCUAUUUUGAAGUCCGAAUGAAAACUGGAGUUUCCGCUCGAGGAACAUAAACAUUCAGCUGAUAGCUGCAUCUAGCCAACUGCAUUUAUUUGUUUGUCAGCAUCGUUUUAAGAAGAAAUUACUUUAAAAACGAAGUUAAAAACAUUCGACUCCGCCGUUGCUGUUGCGAAAAUACGAGCACUUGCAGUGGGACAUUGGCGCAGAGCUUGAAUUGUGCUAAGAUUAGCCACCUUCUGCAGGACGUUUACGGUUGCCUCUGGGAACUUGAUAAUUUGCCAUUUUUGACACUGGAAAAGCUGCCUUUUAACAAGGCAUUUUGCAAUUACCUGGACCAAAAUGCCUCAGUUAGCCGGAGGAGGCGGUGGGGACCCGGAACUAUGCGCCACCGACGAAAUGAUCCCGUUCAAAGACGAGGGCAAUCCGGAGGAAGAACAAAUAUUCGCUGAAAUAAAUCACCCGGAGGAGGAAGGGGAUUUAGCAGAUAUAAAGUCGUCUCUAGUAAACGAGUCGGAGAUAAAUCCAAACAGCGGCAGCCAUGACGCAGCUAGACAGUCCCAAAUAUCCCAGGAUUCAUACCACGAAAAGCACAGGGAUCACAUCGAUGAGGGGAAGCACCACGACGGAUACGGCAAGGGCCAUCCCUACCCGGGGUAUCCCAGCUACAUCAUGAUGUCCAGCAUGAACAGCGACUCGUACCUGAGUAACGGGUCUCUCUCUCCCCCCAUGCCCCGCACGUCCAACAAGGUGCCUGUGGUUCAGCCAUCCCAUGCAGUACACCCGCUCACCCCCCUAAUCACGUACAGCGAUGAACACUUCGCACCCGGACCCCACCCUGGACACCACACCCAGGACCUCAACGGCAAGCAAGGCAUGCAGAGACACCAUCCCGGCCCUGAUAUUCCCAAUUUCUACUCCCUCUCUCCUGGAGGAGUCGGACAGGUGACCCCGCCCUUGGGAUGGCAGGGUCAGCCUAUGUACCCCACCUCGGGUGGAUUUAGGGACCCCUUCUCUACCCCUCACCCAGGCGACAGCCACAUAUCCAGGUUUUCGCCCCACAUGGUGCCGGGACCCCCCGGACCCCACGCCACAGGAAUCCCCCACCCCGCCAUCGUCAACCCCCAGGUCAAACACGAGCCCCACCACGACAGUGACCUCAUGCACAUGAAACCUCACCACGAGCAGAGGAAGGAGCAGGAGCCCAAGAGGCCUCACAUCAAGAAGCCGCUCAACGCCUUCAUGCUCUACAUGAAGGAGAUGCGGGCCAACGUGGUGGCGGAGUGCACGCUGAAGGAGAGCGCCGCCAUCAACCAGAUCCUGGGGCGGAGGUGGCACGCGCUCUCUCGCGAGGAGCAGGCUAAGUAUUAUGAAUUAGCCCGCAAGGAACGGCAGCUCCACAUGCAGCUAUACCCGGGCUGGUCCGCCAGGGACAAUUAUGGAAAGAAGAAGAAGCGGAAGAGGGAGAAGAUCCAGGAACCUGCCCCAGGUACAGGCCAGAGAAUGAAAACUGCAUACAUCUGACCAAUGGAGGGAAACAAAACUCUUUCUCCACAUGCAAAGUGAAGGCAGCAGCCAUGGGCCCCCUUUUAAAGAUGGAAGCCUGCUAGAACCUACAGCCAACCCCCCAAAACCCUACAGCCAACACCCCAAAACCCCGCUCUCGUCCAGCACCCCUACUCCCCGAGGGAUGCCCGUUUUUCUCACACCUGCAGCCACAGAGACAAAGAGGGUGGAUUGUAAAGACAAUCACACGGGACUUCACAUGAACACUAUGCUCACAAACAACACAAGAAAUGAGUCUUUGGUUCCCGACACGUCACCUUGCCACCGUUCUGCGAGAGCACAGCCCCAGUCUGUCAGACCGGCACCUUUUCCCCGCACCUGUUCCUGAGUUAUUUCUGAAACCUCUCUUCUUUUGUUCUGAACACAGUUCCCCUCUGCCUUUUUAAAAAAAAACCACAUCUAGGAAAUGUUAGCAAAUCAUAUUCCUGACACACAGAACACCUGAGGGAUCACCGUUGUCAAGGAAAUGUCUGCUUAAAAAGUCUGUUUCAAAUGGCGAUGCAGUGUGAGAAUGCUCAAUGUUUAUCAGCUUUUAUUUUGAAUGCUUUUAUAUUUUAAUCUGUUCCCC